AACUCUUAUUCACAGGAGUAUUCAGAAUAUAAGAGAAAGCAUUUCAACCACACACAAGUACACAGGGCUCUAUGCGUUACUACAACUUGUAAGGACUUCAUAAAGAACAGAAACUUGGAAACAGAAGAGGACCUAAAGUUGAUCCUUGAGGAAUGCGUUGAUGCUUCCAUGUGGCGUGAAUACAAGCUGAACGCUAGACUGUCAAAUAUAUCAUCGUGCAAGAAACAUGGAACAAUAAGAUAUUUUAGCAUUGGAGAUUAUGUCAUGGCAGCAGUUUAUAUAGCUUUAAUAAUACUCAAUGCACUGGGGACUUUGCACGACGAGCUUAAAGGGAAAACUCCAGGAAACUCCUACUUGCUGGCGUUCUCGUUACAAAGGAACUGGCGCAGACUGACGACACCGAGCAGCGCAGGCUCCGACCACAGAUUGCAGAGGCUUAAAGCCAUCGAUGCAAUGAGGUCGUUGACGAUAUUCGGCGUGUUUUCAACCCAUACUGCGCUAGCAAUUGGCUUCUCUUACCUUAAGAACCCUCUUUACUUCGAAACGGCGUACGACGACAUGAAAAAGAACAUCCUCAUCCAAGGUCCCGUGGUGACGUACACUUUCUUCAUGAUGUCUGGUUUCCUGGUGGCCUUCAAUGUGGAGUUGCAGGCGGAGAAGCGGAAGAUUACGCUGUGGGACUGGCCUAAGGGCAUGCUGUUGCGGUAUCUAAGAUUAACUCCGUGCCUAGCUUUCGUGAUGUUCACGAUCAUGACCCUGAACCGUCACUUCGGCGACGGGCCGCAGUGGGACGUCGUGGUCACGGGCGAGGCGGAGGCCUGCAGCCAGUACUGGUGGGCGCAUCUGCUGUACAUCAACAAUUAUAUCUAUGAUGACUCGCACUGUUUACCGCAGAGCUGGUACCUAGCAGCGGAUACGCAGCUCUUCGCCCUGGGGUUACUAGUUUGCGUGGUAUGUCGCCGCCCACGUACGCAGGUGUUGGUGAUCGGUGUGCUGGCCGUCGCCUCACUAGUGAUACCCGCUGCGCAUACGUACUUCCAGGACUUUGAUGCGGUGGCUUAUCAGUCUCCCGAAAUGUUCCGUACUAUAUACAAGAACUACGACACGUUCCGCAUCAUGUACAUCGGUGCUCACACCAACCUGUCCACCUACGUCGUCGGCCUGGCUGGAGGCCUUCUGGCCUUCCACGGGCUCAAGAACGAGAAGACCUUCUCUGAGAAGUUCAAGAGAUACCGCUGGGUUGUCUGGCUGUGCCUCCCGCUUGGCUUGGUCUGCAUAUUUUCCAGCACCAUCCUCUACACGGAUGGGUACGAGCCGUCAAUGACGACCAAGAUCCUCUUCGCCGUUCUGAGGAAGCCCGCCAUGCAGCUGUUUACCAUUGUAAUUCUGAUGGGGUGCAUCUUUAAGGCAGAAGACAUGGUUCGAGGUAUUCUAGAAUGGCGAAGCUUCACCUGGAUAGCUCGAGUCUCGUACAGCGCGUUCCUGAUACACACGAUCAUUCAACGCGGAUUGAUCGGUACACAGAGGGUCCCAACCUUCGCAUCUGACAUUUUUCUGGUAAUGAUCCUAGCAGGAACAGCUUUCCUAUCCCUCGCCGGAGCAGCAAUCCUGUGGGUAACAGUAGAAGCUCCCCUAGCUACUGUAGUCAAGAACAUAUUCAAUCCAGCCAAGAGAGAACAAGUACGUGCGGAGACAACGGAAGAGACUACUAAGGUGUAAUGGUUGGACAAAUCUGUACUGGUUUAUGAACUUGAUGAUUUGAAUAGUUUCAGUGCA